AUGUCUUCCUCCACUCCCGUCUCGGCCGACUCGCUCAUCGAGCUGAUCAAGAACCGCCGCUCCCACUACCCCCUGUCCAAGGACUUGACCAUCUCCAAGGAGCGCAUCGUCGACAUCGUCAAGCAGGCCACUCUCCACGUCCCCAGCUCCUUCAACGCCCAGUCCACCCGCGUCGUCGUCCUGUUCGGCGACGACCACGAGAGGCUCUGGGACAUCACCGCCGAGGUCCUCAAGGGCAUUGUCCCCGAGGCGAACUGGAAGCCCACCGGCGACAAGCUGAACAUGUUCAAGGCCUCCGCCGGCUCUAUCCUCUUCUUUGAAGAAUCCGAGACCGUCAAGAAGCAGCAGUCCGACUACCCAGCGUACGCCGACAAAUUCCCUGGCUGGGCGGCCCAGUCCGACGGCAUGCUCCAGCACACGCUCUGGGUUGCGCUCGAGGCCGAGGGCCUCGGCGCCAACCUGCAGCACUACAGCCCCGUCAUCGACCAGAAGGUCGCGGCCCAGUGGGACGUCCCCAGCAGCUGGAAGCUCAACGCCCAGCUCGUCUUCGGCGGCAAGACCGCCCCCGCCGGCGAGAAGAGCUUCAUCCCCGUCGAGGAGCGCGUCAAGGUCUUCGGCGCUUAG